CCGACGGUUGGUUGUUGUCUGUUGGUUGGGGGAGGACCACCUCUAACCUAAGGAGCCUGGAGGAGUACUAUCCAUGAUGAUGGUCUGAAUGAAUGAAUGAAUGGUGUUUUCCAAUCCUUCCAGUUUUCCUCCCUCCCUUUUCCCUUUGCGAAACCGUUGGAUAUGGCAACGACGACGUCAUGGUUGAAUGGAGCGGGAGUAAUCAUGGCUCGCCUCAGGCUGGCACCUCACCGGCAAUUUCUCCUUCUCAUCACCAUGCGGUAAGGAAAACCAAGAAGGAACACCAUUGGAAUUGGUUGAAUUUUCUAUAUCUUGCUGAAUCUGAAUUUUAUCGAGCUGGUUAACUUCCUGAGUUAUUCGUCGGUCCCAACAACUACUCUCAAUACUAAGUCACUUACCUUACUUACUCUAUGGUACGGAGGAGCAAGCAA